UUCUGGCAUGUGGGUGGUCCUACUGCCCGGGGUGUGUGUGGAGUGUGACGGGGUGCAGGAGCAGCCUCCUGCAGCGGGAGCAGUUAGCUUGCAUUUUGUCUUGCAGUUAGAAGUUAAACAGCUGAAGUGUGAGAGUGUGUUGUAAUGCCAGGAUGGUUGCUGUCCCCUCAGUGUGUGUGGAUGCUGUCGGUGCUGUGCAGCUCGGACCUGUGUUGGGGCUUUGUCUUCGGCCGGCCCAAGCGCUCAGGAGAGGACGGAGCCGCAACCAGGACGGAGUUUCGCUCCGGGUCACACUAUGUACCAACCUCCGGCUCCUGCAGGAACAGAUGUUAUGAGCUGGUGGAGGCCGAGCCCCCAAACUGUCGCUGUGACAACCUGUGUAAGACCUACAACAGCUGCUGCUCUGACUUCAACCAGCUCUGCCUCCGGACAGACGGAGGUUAUGAAUGCAGCAGGGAUCGAUGCGGCGAGACCCGGAGCGAACAGCACGCCUGCCACUGCUCUGAUGACUGCCUCGCCAGGGGAGACUGCUGCACCAACUACAGGAAGCUGUGCAGAGGAGACACUUCCUGGCUGCAGGAUGAAUGUGAGGAAAUCAGGAGCCCAGAGUGUCCUGCUGGGUUUGCGCGCCCACCUCUCAUCAUACUGUCUGUGGAUGGGUUCAGAGCGUCUUACGUGAAGAGGGGGAGCUCCAUCAUACCCAACAUCGAAAAACUCCGAACAUGUGGAACCCACGCUCCUUACAUGAGGCCUGUUUAUCCUUCCAAAACCUUCCCAAACCUCUAUUCAAUAGCAACAGGUCUCUAUCCAGAGUCUCAUGGCAUCAUUGGAAACUCCAUGUAUGACCCAACAUUUGAUGCAACAUUCAACCUGAGGAGCAGAGAAAAGCUGAGCCACCGCUGGUGGGGAGGACAACCAAUCUGGAUCACUGCCCUCAGACAGGGACUGAAAGCUGCCACCUUCUUCUGGCCCGUGGCCAUUCCUUUGGAGAGGAGGAUCCUGACUUUGCUGCAGUGGCUCCAUCUCCCUGAAGGAGAGAGGCCCUAUGUUUAUGCCAUGCACUCUGAGCAACCAGACACUUAUGGACACAAAGUGGGCCCAAUGAGUGCAGACCUUAACAAUCCUCUGAGGGCGAUUGAUCGGAUUGUGGGCCAGCUGAUGGACGGACUCAAACAGAUGAAACUGCACCGAUGUGUCAACAUCAUCCUGGUGGGAGACCAUGGUAUGGAAGAGGCUCACUGUGAUCGCACAGAGUUCCUCAGCAACUACUUGACCACUGUUGAUGACAUCAUCCUCAUCCCUGGGUCUCUUGGCAGAAUACGCUCCAGAUAUCCCAGCAACCCCAAAUAUGACCCCAAGGCUGUUGUUGCAAAUCUAACAUGUAAGAAGGCAGAGCAACACUUUAAGCCGUACCUGAAGCAGCACCUGCCUAAAAGACUGCACUACGCCAACAAUCGGCGUAUUGAAGACAUCCACCUGCUGGUGGAGAGGAAGUGGCAUGUGGCCAGGAAAGUCCCAGAGGGGAGGAGACACUGUGGAUUCUCAGGCGACCAUGGAUAUGACAAUAAGAUCAACAGCAUGCAGACUAUUUUCUUGGGCUAUGGACCUACAUUUAAAUUCAAGACCAAAGUUCCAGCCUUUGAAAACAUUGAGCUGUAUAACGUCAUGUGUGAUCUCCUGGGUCUAAAACCGGCUCCAAACAAUGGAACUCAUGGCAGCCUGAACCACCUGCUGAGAAGUCCGACUUUUAGACCCACCAUGCCAGAGGAGGUGUCCAGGCCGAUGGCCUCCAACCUCGUUCCUAUGGCAACAGAUGACUUGGGCUGCAACUGCGAUGAAAAGUUGCGUGUAAAAAGUAGGGGCCAGAGAGGUUUGAAAGUGACCCUUGUACGAGGCUAUAACCUGGAGUCACUCUGGCUCUGUCUCUUACAGAACAAAGUGGAGGAGCUAAACCGGCGAUUGAGGCAAGCUAUUGAUGACAGCAGGAACCUGCCGUAUGGCCGACCUGCUGUCCUCUUCCGUGCCAAAUAUACCAUCCUACAUCACAGCGACUACAUCAGCAGUUACAGUGAAACCCUGUUCAUGCCCCUCUGGACAUCCUACACCGUCAGCAGACAGGUAGAGUUGUCUCCUCUGCCUGAGUCUCUGUCCAACUGUGUGAGACCGGAUGCCAGAGUCCCACCGGCCUUUAGCCAGUCGUGUUCCAACUACAGAGCAGAGAGACAUGUCACAUAUGCUUUCCUGUACCCGCCGCAGCUUUCCUCAAACCUGGAGAAAAAAUACGAUGCUGUCCUCAUCACCAACACCGUGCCCAUGUAUCCUGCAUUUAAGAGAAUCUGGACUUACUUUCAGAGAGCGCUGGUGAAGAAAUACGCCACUGAGAGGAAUGGAGUGAACCUUCUUGUUGGACCCGUCUUUGACUACAAUUAUGAUGGAGUCAGAGACUCGGCUGAGACGAUCAGAGACCAUGUGAGCGGAGCCGUCCCCGUCCCGUCUCAUUACUUUGUGGUCCUGACCAGCUGCCUGGACUUCACACAGCCUGCAGACUCAUGCAACGGUCCACUGAGCAGCGCCGCUUUCAUCCUGCCACACCGACCCAAUAACGACGAGACCUGCAACAGCUCUGAGGAUGAGUCCCGUUGGGUGGAGGACCUGAUGAAGAUGCACACGGCCCGGGUCAGAGACGUGGAGCUGCUCACAGGCCUGGACCUGUACCGGAGAACCAGCCGGAGCUACUCCGAGAUCCUCUCCUUAAAAACAUACAUGCACACGUAUGAGAGCGAGAUUUGACCUCUGCUGACCUUUUCUGCAGCUGUGGUGGAGGAAUGUGGCACACUCUUCCAUCUCUGUCUGUCUACGUACAGCUAGAACACCACUGAACUGUUCCAAAACUCUGCAAAAGUCUUCAAUCAUCCCUCGUCUCACCAUCCUUUUGAGGACCCAGAAGAUAAUUUAGCCUUUUGGUUCCAUGAAGGACUUUCUAGAGUGGCAGAGAUGAAAUUUUACAUCCUCUUGGCACCUUAGUACUAACACCCUGCUCUAAAAAAUCUGUUUGUUUGCAUUUUUUCUUUUAAGCUACAAAUCACACUCAAAGCAUCCCAGAUUGAAAGGUAUAAUAAUCAUAUUUUUGCACUUAUGUGAUUCCUCAGCAGGCAUUAUGUUACACCUCAAUCUUCCAAAGACAGUUUAAAGGGUGUUGCCUCUGCACUUUGUUGCCCCUGUGUCCCAUAAGCUAAAGCUGGAGUCCAAAGAUUCUUCUCUGCAGCAGCUCCUGGUUUGGAUUGUUUCAGAUCAUCAAACAAAUGUUAAUGUCAAACAAAAAUAUUCUGAGAAAAUAGGAAAAAAAAGCUGUUAAAAAAGAUCUUUCUGAACCAAAGAUCAGAUCAGUAUUAUGUAUUUAAGAGCAUACAUAAUACAUAAACACGUUACAUGUAAACAACUUCUCAUCCUCAAUACCU